AUGACUCUGAGCUCUGACAUGACCGAUGCCUCUGCCCUGGCGGAUGAGACCGACAUAGACGUGGUGGGAGAGGACGAGGAGCCCCGGGGCUGCCACUAUGCUCAGGAGGAAGAGGAGGACGACGACGAGGAGGUGGUGGUGGCAGAGGAGCUGCUGAUGCCCAGGUCCCCCCAGUGCUCCUCCACCAAAGAGCCCUCAUACAAGCCAGGGAGCGGCAAGACCACCCUGGUGAAGCCCCCCUACUCCUACAUUGCCUUAAUCACCAUGGCUAUCCUGCAGAGCCCCAAGAAGAGGCUGACCCUCAGCGAGAUCUGCGACUUCAUCAGCCAGCGCUUCCCCUACUACCGGGAGAAGUUCCCGGCCUGGCAGAACUCCAUCCGACACAACCUGUCCCUCAACGACUGCUUCAUCAAGAUCCCCCGGGAGCCGGGCAACCCUGGCAAGGGAAACUACUGGACCCUGGACCCAGAGUCCGCCGACAUGUUUGACAAUGGCAGCUUUCUCAGGAGGAGGAAACGCUUCAAGAGGCAGCAAACCCCAGAGCUGCUCCUCAGGGAGCCUGGUCACUUCCUUCCAGCCUAUGGCUAUGGACCCUACAGCUGUGGCUAUGGCAUCCAGCUACAGCCCUACCACCCACAUUCUGCCUUGAUUGCCUUCCAGUCCCAACACAGACAGCCAACCAAUGCCCCUGCCAUGCCCACCCCACCCCUGCUGCCAGACUUGCCUAGGACCUGUACCUUCUACCCUCACCAGCUCAACCCAGCACUUCCAGCCUCCAUCCAGACUGCCAAGAGCUCAGCACUCAGCCGCUCCUCCACCUUCUCCAUCGAGAGCAUCAUAGGUGGUGGUGGUGGGGACAUGAGCCCGGUCCAAUGCAGCAACUCUUCUUCCAAAGCAUCUGGGGUCCCUGUGAUCUCCAGGGCCCUGGUGACUUUCUCCAACUCUCCUGCUGCCUCUUUAGGUGGGGGCCUGCAGCCUGGAACAAUCCUUACCAAUGGGGAACCUUAUACCACUAGGAUUGCAAACUCUUAA